UUAGUUUCAUUUCCACGGACUUUUUUAUCAGCCAUCCCAGUUGAGAGUGAAGAGCUUUUGUUCUUUAAAUAGCUGCACUUCUGAAAUCGUCUUCCCCCUUCUCUCUCCUCUUCUCGCUCUCUCUCUCUCUAUAGCUGGGUUAUAUCAGAAGUUUUUCCGGCGGUGGUUGGCCGGAGAAUGGCAUAUAUGUGUACGGACAGUGGUAAUCUAAUGGCAAUAGCUCAACAAGUGAUAAAGCAGAAACAGCAGCAAGAGCAACAGCAACAGCAGAGCCAUCAGCAGCAGCAACUCACUGGUCUCAGUCCCUUCUCUCUUAACCCAUGGACUACUACUACUCACCACACCACCAUGUCUAAUGCUCCGAAUUUGGGUGGUUAUGGGUUAGCGGGUUCUGGCUUUCCCGAUCCAUUUCUAGUCACCGGUGGUUCGGAUACCGGUGAACCCGGUUUUCAGUUUCCUCACAUGGACCACCACAACACUGGGUUUCGAUUUUCAGAUUUCGGCGCCGGUCCUGGUGGCGAGUUUGAGUCGGACGAGUGGAUGGAUAGCAUAAUGGGCGGCGGAGAUUCAACGGAUAGUUCCAAUCUUCCCUCUGGUUGUGACGCGUGGCAAAGCAAUGCGGAUUUCGUUCUCUACGGUGCUGAUCCCUUCACCGCAUGCCCGAGUCGACUCAGUGUCCCUUGCUCUUCACCUUCGGAUCUCAACCGAGUUCUAUUCACCGAAAGCCAGAAGAGCCCUAACCCUAUUCAGCCUCAGGUUUCGCCAUGGAUCCCACCCCAAGCUCCUCCGUCUCCGCCAAUGGUAUCGAAGGACUCAAAAUCGACCAAUCCUCCGUCGCACAGCGUACGGAGGAACGACGUUAUCGGUGGCGGCGGUGUGUCUACUAGCUCGCCGGAAAUCGAGUCAGCGCCACCGCUUUUGAAAGCCCUAAUUGACUGUGCUCGACUCACUGAGGCCGAACCCGAACGAGCUGUCAAAUCAUUGAUUCGGCUUAAGGAAUCGGUGUCAGAGCAAGGAGAUCCGACUGAGAGAGUCACUUUUCACUUCGCCGAGGCACUGUAUAACAGAGUUUCUCUACAAGCGGAUAAAAGCUCCACCAUGUACGAGAGUGCUUCUUCUGAAGAUUUCACACUCCCUUACAAAGCUUUGAACGACGCUUGUCCAUACUCCAAAUUUGCCCAUUUGACCGCGAACCAGGCGAUACUCGAAGCCACUGAUAGAGCGAGUAAGAUCCAUAUAGUGGACUUCGGUAUCGUUCAAGGGGUUCAGUGGGCUGCCCUUUUACAGGCCCUAGCGACACGGUCCACCGGAAAGCCGAGUAAGAUUAGGUUAUCUGGCAUACCAGCUCUGGCCCUCGGCAGAACACCGGCGGCGUCUCUGGUCGCCACCGGUAAUCGUCUCUGCGAGUUCGCGAAGCUUCUGGAAUUAAAUUUCGAGUUCGAACCGAUUCUAACACCGAUUAGUGAACUGAACGAGUCAAGCUUCAGGGUCGAAGAGGACGAGGUGUUGGCAGUGAAUUUCAUGUUACAAUUGUAUAACCUCUUAGAUGAGACUCCAAUGGCGGUACAGAGUGCUCUCAGAUUAGCUAAAUCGCUGAACCCGAAGAUUUUGACUUUGGGUGAAUACGAAGCUAGCUUGAACCAAGUUGGGUUCAUGACUCGUUUCAAGAACGCGUUGAGGUACUACACGGCCGUGUUCGAAUCGUUGGAGCCUAACUUAAGCCGGGACUCGCGGGAAAGGCUUCAAGUUGAAAGGGUUUUGUUUGGCCGUCGAAUUGGCUGCGUGGUUGGGCCAGAGGAGCCGGGAACCAAGAGAGAACGAGUGGAAGAUAGAAAGCAAUGGAAAACUUUAAUGGAAGAUUGUGAGUUUCAACCGGUGAACCUCAGUCAUUACGCCGUGAGUCAGGCUAAGAUCCUUUUAUGGAACUAUAAUUACAGUUCUUUAUUUUCUCUGGUUGAAUCUUCACCUGCGUUUCUAUCAUUGGCAUGGAACGAUGUCCCUCUUUUGACCGUUUCGUCAUGGCGUUGAUGGGUUUUUUUUCCUCAAUUGGGGCCACUGGUUCUUUUACCAGGUCUUUUAUCUCUGGUGUGGAAUCAUGGCAAUACCUAUUAGCCGCCAUUGAUGUUCUUUGUUCGAUGCUUCUUAUUGAUUCAGAUAUGCAAACGCGGUCAUGCUUAUUGAACUCACAGUAACUCUGAUUUCGAUCUUGCAUUAAAGUACUGCAUUAUCAGAGCCUUUUGAAGAUUUUUGGGACAGAACUUGCUUUUGUUCAUUUGGUAGUUUGUCUAGUUUUUUUUUCUCAACUUUCUUAACGUUAUAGUGGGCUUUUCUCUUUUCUCUUUUUCCUUUUUUUCUCUUUUUUAUUUAUUGGGGUUUUUCUUAUAGAUUUGAAUCUUGAAUAUGACUAAUUGUAGAAAAGGAAUUGAAACUCGAGGGGAAGGAAGAAGGUGCUUUCCCUCUUUGUGUCUGUAAUUUUGCAUGUACAUUUGAAUCAAUGGGUUUAGUUUUGCUA